AUGCGUAAACUCUUAUUAUUGGGCUUUUUACUCUACAACGUUAUCGCUCUCGCUUCGAGAUCCAACAAUUAUGACUACGAGGAUGUCGAAAAUAAUAAAAGGCAUACUAUUGGUGAAGAUAGAAGAAAUUGGCGAAAGAAAGCAUUAUUAAAACCUUUAGAAUCCGACCAUAAAGAUUGGGACGACAGACGCAGAUUUGAACAAGAUAAUCUUAGAUACUCGGACGAUGCAGACAAAGGUUAUGGAGGUAUGGACAGGCAAAGAGAGAUGGAUGGAUUUAGAGGUCAAAGGCGCUACGACGAAAUGGAUAAAAUGAUAUCUGGAAUUAACAAUGACUUAGCACGGCCAUCGUCUUUCUUAGAAAAGGAUAUUGAUAAAAAGCCUGUGUCAAUAUCAAUGAAUUGUGAUAGGCAACAUGAGAGGUAUGAGCCUUGCUUUGCUGGAUGCGCGUCUGUUACUUGCGACAAUCCCCGUGACCGCCUACGACCCUGUUACCCGUUUUGUGAACCAGGUUGCGUGUGUGUGCAUCCCUAUGUUCGUGAUGAUCGCACACACAAAUGUGUUUUACCAGAAGAAUGCACGAAAGGCCUCAAAGGAAUUCCGGACUUGGGAGAUGAUAUUUAA